UUACAUGCACGUUAAAUGUUUCGUAUUCUAUACAGCGACACAAAGGGAGCAUUUUGCUUUGGAUUAUGUCAAAGUAUUUUCCGCUAUUUAAAAGUGUAUUUUGAAGAGAUAAUGUUAAAUGUUUAGUGUUUAAUAAUGCUCUUCAGAUAUUUGAAGUUGACUUUUAAUGGAUGUGCUGCAUGUUACAGUGGAAUACAGUUUGUAAAUCUGGAAUUUUAUUGAUACAAAACUUUAAAACUUUAUUACUUUUUGUGAUUUAAGAAAGCAAAACAUUGCAAAAUGGUAUUUUAUCUGAUUUAGUCAGUGAAAGUUAUACAUUUAUUUUGGAAUAAAUUACGCCUAAAGAAAAUGUGGAAUGUACGUCGAAAAUAACCUAGUGGAUUUACUGGUGAAUGUACACAAACAAUACUAUUUAAACGUCACAUGACAAUGGAAAGAACUAGUUUUAAAGGCUCCUCCCUCCAAGUGCGAGUGGUCAGUUGUCGAACAGUAGACACGCCCCCAUCACGUGACAACACUGACCACGAUUCCAGGAUGAAGGCCAGGCACAUGACACUAGCUUCACCGAGAAUGGGCAGAGCAAAGGUCCUUCCCAUAAGCAGCGCCAGGUCCUCUACGGCCCCUCCGACACUCAGAACGGAAACGGCCACUUUUCUGGAGGUCACGCCUAUGGACAUAUCACUUCCGACAUAUUCCGACCACAGACGCCAGAUCCGCCAAGAAAGCAAAUACAAGAUGGCGCCGGCGACGGAGCUUCCGGUGGAGCCGCGCAACAUUGAAAUUGCAGUAGAAAAAGUGCUGUCGGACAAUCUUCACGAUAAAUAUUACGAGGCGUCGCAAAGCCGCCAUCUUAGUCAGUUGCUUAGUGCGCGUGUACUAGAGGAAGUUCGAAGACAGGCCCCCGGGAACUAUAAAUUCGUGGCCGUCGUUUCCAUAGGGAGCGUUCGUGAGAGACCGGGUGUACAACUCGGCUCCAGGUGUUUGUGGAAUAAGGACACCGACCGUUUCAUCACCGCUAAAUAUAGUAACAGAUCUUUAUUUGCAGUAGCGAUGGUGUAUGGAUUGCAUUAUGACUAGUGUUUAUUGCUUGUAUGUAUAUUGUUUUAAAUAUUUACGGACGUCAUGAAAAGUGUGCUAUUUCGGGAUCGAUUUUUUCAGAGCUGUUUCAUUUUGAAGAAUAUCAAGUUGUUUCCGAUUGCUACUACGUUCGUGUCUUCCCUAAGGCUAAAACCAAUUUUAAUGGUUCUGUAGACUUGCCUGAUUACAAUAUGGUAUUCAAAAACAUACAAAUAGGACUUAAGUUAAUGCACCAGUCAAUUGUAACCACGGCCCCCAAGGUCCGGGGAAUAGCGGGGACUUUGACCUUCGGUACAGCCAAGCCCGGGUAAAAUCCCCGCCCUGCGGUGACGAACUGAUAGUAAAAUCCCCGCCAAAUACCCCUGCAACCAAGGAACCCUGGGUAAGGCCCAUUCCCCGCUUUUUUAGCACGAGGGAAAAACCACCGCAUUGACCCGGCACUGCGGGGCCGCAUGGAAGGUAAAAACACGGCCGUUGCCCCGGCUAUCCCCGAUAUACCACCGGACCUGGGGCGAGGGGCGUGGUUACAAUUUACAUGUGCAUAACUAUAAUACCAGUAAAAUUCAUUUAUGUAUGCGUCCUAGCUUCAUUUAUGAAUUUAUUAUUAAACAUUUAAUGUGUUAAGUUUUACACUUUCGUACCCGGUAUUUAAUACUGAAAUACAUAUGAACAAAAUUGUACGCACUCAGUUGUAUAUAUUUAUAAAGAAAUUAGAGUCGGACUCUUUUUUAAGAGAUGGUUGGGGCACUGCACGCUAACUAUUUAUUUUGUUUGUCCUAAUUAAAUUAACAUUAGCCCAUAGCUCAUGAAAAUCAGACCCCCCCCAUACACUCUUCACGACGUUACGUUGUAUAACGUAUUGCAAUGUAGUAAAAGUCCCGAAAUGAUCUUAAUGAGAUUGCAUUAUGCCUCAACCUUAUGUUUCUAUAUUAAAUAUUCCGUUCCAUGUAUGCGCUUUCAAAUGACAAUUUUGCUCAGAUGUAUUAGGUGU